GAAUGUAUGCAUUAAAUAAAUUUAAAAUUAAAGUCUGUGUCGUUGUGUGGACAUUGAACGUAUAUCAUUAUUAAAUAAGCAUUGCUUUUCGUGAGCUGUUUGAGAAGAUGCACCUGGAAGACAAAACGCAGGGUCAAAAAACAAAAGUGACUCCUAACGACUACACACCGACCCGCCAAAUUCUAAAGCUAAUGUUGUGGACUCGCGUUGAUGCUGUAUUUUAGCCUUAGAGAUAACACGUACAGCGAUCAUUCGCCGCUAACGUCAACAUAUCCCAUCGGAUAAAAGACGACAGCUUUGAUAUGAACGCCUGCUCUUAAUCGGUUUCAAAGUUUAUCACUGAGGUUUGUUUCAUCGUAAAGUUUUAAGAAAUGGCGACGUGGAGUGACGUUGAGCUCCUGACCAACGAGGACACAAACACAGUCCGCCUGGACAGUGUGUCAGGAGAGGAACAUGGAAGCGGCUUGUAUCAGGUUGACACUUUGGUCAAAAUCUCCUCCUCCGAUAAGGUUCCUGCAGACCCCAAGCUUUUGUCCUUUGGUGCUUCCAAUUGGAGUAUUGUUGUCAUUGACAAGACGGUGAUUCUAUUUGAUCAGAGCUAUCAGACCAUUCUUCUUCUUCUCCACUUUGAAACGGAUGUGGAUACCAUUGAUGUUUGCCUUGAUGGACGAUUUUUGGUGGUCUGUGAAAGAAAUGGAAACCUUCAUUUGAUCUAUGUACCACACAAAAGAAUCCUCUUUACCAGAGCUUUGGUUCAAAAACCAUCCAGUGAAGACAAGAAAACCUACCGCUAUCUCAUCCUAAAUGAGGACCAGACAUCUUCUGGGAUGUACCAUGUCUUUCUUCUUAUUAAGGAUGGGUUUUUCCACAUUUCAAACCUCGCUUUGACAAAGAUCGAGACAGCAUGUAAAAGUAUGGACGUCGGAGCUUUGAAAGAGCUCCAGAGUCUCAUCAGGGUAGACUUUUGCUCUACUGAAGAUUACCACGAUGAAGGCUGCAGUACAGCAGUGAUCUUCAGUCUUGGCCUUGAAAUCAAUCUAAUUAUUGGGGGGGACAAAGAAAAUAUUGUGACUCACUGGAAGAUGGAUCCUGUUCAGGGAAAGAUGUGCUUUGCUCAGUCCAUCAACAACAGCCUAAUUCCUGGUGUGAGAAAGCUGGUAGUGAUGGAAAAUCUGUUGUAUAUUUUGGACUCCGAGGAUGUUCUGAGCGUUUGGGACCUGCAUUUUCUUGUCAUGAUUCGCUGCUGGCCAGAGCUGGCCAUUCACGACUUUGAACUAACCACGGAGUGUGGCUCUGCCUCCAUGGUGAUCCAAGACAAGAGCAGCAUGAAGAUGAUUACUCUGACGAAGCAAGACAACAGUCAGAUUAGCUCCCUUCAAAUCAGAUGUCUGCCCUCCAUGAGUGUUUCCUACUCUCUUGACGUCUCCUCUGUGUCCUGUCUUGUCCAGAUGAAAACAAACAUGGAUACUAUUUAUUUGGUCGAGGGGAUUUGUGAGAACCCGGAAAGCCGAGGAGAGGCUGUAGCAUCUGUUGUUGUCAGAUGUUUCACUGAGGCUUUACCCGAGAACAGACUGAGCAGGCUUUUGCACAAACACAUGUUUGAGGAGGCUGAAAAGUUUGCAAUUACAUUUGAUCUUGAUUUGGAGCUUGUGUACAAAGUGAAGCUUGACUUUGUGCUGGAGCAGUUGGCCUCGGCGUCAGUGGGUGGAUACGGACAGGAAGUCUGGUCCGAACUCGUAGAUGAGGCCAAGACAAACCUGAUGAAAAUCACAGAUGAGCAGUAUGUGGUGGACUAUUGCCUCAAAGCUCCGUGGCCGACCUUUGACACCGCAGAGAAGAUGCUAAACCACGCUGCCUCUCGAUACGCCUCCUUACAGAUCCAAGAGGCCUUGGCUCGACUGGCAACGUUCUGCAGCCUCCAUGGAGUGGAAAACUUCAAUGGGAUCGCAUGGAUUGAGUUUCUGAACAGCACCGACAUUCUGGGAGACGUUCUGACCCACCUGAGAGAGGGAGACAUGAGGGGCGCACAGCUCCUGUGGCUGAGAUACGAGGGACAGAUCGCUCUGGAGUUUGAGGAGAAGAGUCUAGAAGCAGUUCUCUGUGCCAUCCCAGAGGACCUGCCAUCCCAAGACCUCUGUCCUUGGUUUAGGACAGUUUUUGUCCCUUUUGUGAGGAGAGUCCUUCCGAGAGGACAGAGAAUCCUGGCUAAAUGGCUCGAGCUGAAAGCAAGAAAUCUGGAGUUAACUGAAAAGGGGUCUUGGCCUCAGAAUGGGCUGGAUUUGGCCAUUAUUGGGCUUCCCUCUUUAUGGACCUGGAUGAAAUACAUUGAUGACAGUGAUUGUGCAAAUGAGCUGCAGAGCCUCAAAUCUCUUGUGUCCAACCUGCGUCAGCUGCUGGACCUUCACCAGAAGUACAGCUGCAGGCUGUCGCUCUCAGUCUUUGAAAAGGGAAGCAGGUUGAGUGUGGCGUUCUUCAUGCUGGACAAAGUUCCAGCUCCAGAGCUGAUUGCCGCCACAGUGGAAAGCAGCGUUCGGCCGUACGCCGAGGAGCACGCGCUUCCUUUUGACGAGUUACUGCUGCAGUACAUCAAGGAGCUGCUGCAACGCUGCAGUUCUCAGACCACAACCCUUUUCACUGGAUGGGAAGGCAAAGCAGUGGCUGUGCUCAGCUGCAUGACUGACACUGAUCUGAAGGUGGAUGCUGUAUUGGAGAUCAUGCAGAAAGCCGUGGUGCCCUGGAGCAACAUGGUGGAGAGGCUUGUGCAGCAAUACCUGGAGAUGGAUGGACCAAAACAGGAGCUUUUGAAGGAGAGCUACCGCCUGAUGGAGAUUCGGAAGCUUCUCCGUGGCUACGGCAUCCGCAAUUUCAACCUCUCCAACGGCACUCAAGUUCUGUCACUGAUUCGAUACAUCCUGAAGCAAGACUUGCCCAUGUCUUUAGAGGACUCCCUGACAUUAGCAGCAGCAUACAAGCUGCCGACAACACAGAUAAAUUACCUGUAUCUCACCCAGUUGAUAGGCCAAGGCAAGACCGAGGAAGUCCUGACUGUCCUCAAGAGGCUGUCUUCUGCAGAGGCGGAGUGUGUGAUUGAGCGUCUCACGUCGUGGGCUCGGCUGCAGCUGGAGGAUAAAGUCCACAUAUCUGAUGAGCACAAGAAACACCAGAUGGCCGUAGCUCAGGUGAUGGUGGAGGCUCUAAAAUAUCAGCAUUUCAUUCAGAAACACAAUGCUCUUAAAAGCAUAGAGUGCGACUCCAACCUCAUCAUGUUCAAGGCGAUCUCACACCUGCAGGAGGAUUUUGAUGUUUUCUUCACCCCUUCCAACUACGAAGAUCCAAACAUCAGAAAGCAAAUCCAGGAUCAUCACAUCACGGCGUACGAAAACACGCGAGCUCGCCGCUCGUCAAAGGGGAAGGCUCUGUCGGCUCCGGUUGUGGCGAAUGAUCCCGACGGCAAGACCAAGACCAUCUCCACAGAAGCCGGGUUACGGCGGCUCGGGCGGCAGCUGCAGCGCACCGAACAGGAACUGUGGUCUGACCUCGGCCUGCGGGCGCUGAGGGUGGGGAAGGUGGAGAAGGCCCUGAAGAUCCUCAGUGAGUUGUAUGAGCACCACUCCAACAGCAACACGGGGAAGGUUUUGUUCACCGCUGCCAAGACGUUGUGCCAGAUGCUGCAGGCGGAUGUUCCCAUGGUGAUUCCUGAAGGCAUGGAUUUGCCUGCAGUCAUCCACAAUCUGGCCUGCCAAGCCAUCACUUUGUGCAACUCUGAUUUGCUGCUGGACUGCCUGGAGCUUUGCAAGUGCACACGGAUCGCCAUGGAUGUGUAUCAUCAGUGUCAACUGUCGGAUGACUACGGUUUCAUCGCCAAGGACUUGAGUUUGGAGGCGGGAAAAGAUUCAUACUCUCAGUGGAGCUUUCAGGAUGUUUUUAAUGAAGACUGCAUUGUUUUGGAUCCGGUGUCAGUUCUUCCUGUACAGUAUGAAAUCACCAACUGCCUGUUGCCUAUUCCCCAGGAUAUUAAACUAUUUCCGUUGGAUUGUUCCUGUCUGUCACAUUGCUCAUUUGAAGACGGUUCAAACUACCUGCAGACCCUCCUCGGCCCGCUGACCAGCAUGCUGCAGAUGCUGCAGGAGUGCAGUCAGCUGGAGUUGGCUCUCAGAGAGCUGGUCAACUCAUACGGUAGCUGUCUGCAGCAUGUCACCUCAAAUGUUAUGGACACAAAGCUAAGUGUGCAGCUUUAUGAUACCCACAACCUUAAGAAGUACAACGUGUGUCUGAACGAUGUCAGGAAAGCAACAGUAUCCACUCUGAACGCUGUGGCUGCCGGCCUUCUGAACAAGGUGUUCAACUGGAGAGUGGUUGAUUGUGAUUUGGCGAUUGGUCUUUGUACACUCCUACCCAAAGCAGAAGUCUUCAAAAUAUUGUGGAAAGUCAUUGACAACACCUGGCAAAACUAUGACAAAAUCCUGGCGGUGGCGAAGAUUGGGGCCGAUCUCUGUAGUUUAUACAAUGAACCAGAGGAGCAGAAGAAGUUUGUGUCAGUCAUCACCGACGCGGAGUGGGGAGUCAAGCUUGGAAAAUUAGAGAUCUCCAUCCAGCCGGUGUUUCGUCAGCGUCCGGAGUUGAAGAGCUGUCUGAUCCCCGAAAUGGUGAAGAACAGGAAGAUCACCCCCGACAUUAUCCUCCAGUAUUGCAGUACUUUUGGUCUGGACCGUGAUCGUGUGAUCAACCAGUACAUCACCACCUUGCUGCUGCUGCAAGAGGACGAAGGCGGCAGCGCAGCUGCAGCGGGUGCAUCGUGCUCCGGCCUGGAUGAGGAGCAGCCACUGUGUGAUGAAGAGGCUUUGGAACGGAUCCUGCAGAUCAUCCCCAUGCUGAGCAGCCCCAGCGAGCUCACCGCCAGUCUCUGCGCUGCCCUGUUUAAGCUCAGCCCGUACAACUACGAGCGGAUCGGAGUGGUGCUGAAGAUCAUACAGGUUGCAGAUGAGUAUGUGGCCGCCUUCUCCCUCAGUCAGGCGAUGGGCCUCCUUCAGCACCUGAAGUCCUACAAGAGAGUUUCUCCUCCCUCGGAUGUGGAGAACACGUAUCUUCUGGAAAACAGUCUCAUGCCGAACCCCUUGUCCAGUAGCAGGCUGCCUUUCCACCUGCUCAUGCAGACCAAACACUUCUGGAAAAUUAUCUCUCCUGAGCUGAAUGAGGAAACGUUCCCGACUCUUCUGCUGAUCAGCAAACUGAUGAAGGUGAGCCUCGAUAAGCUUUACAUGUCAGCAGCGAACCAUGUGUUUGAGAAGAAGAUGAAGCCUUUAAUCUUGGAGCAAAGGAAAAAUGUUCACGGACACGGCUACAGCAAGGAGACUUUGAAGGUGGCCAAGACCAUGAUGAAGUACAUUCAGUGCAUCCAGAGCCUGGAGUGGGCUGCAGCCACGGCACAUAAGAUCACACAGGAACUGCCACCAGGCUUGGAGAAGACGCAGUCUCUUCGGUACUGCUUGGGUCUUGGAGAAGCGUGGCUCAAAGAUCCAAAUCUAGAGGAAGCUGCCCGGGCCCGAGGGGAGACCUUCCUGUCGAAGCUGAAGCUGCAGUUUCAGCGUUCUGCCACGGAGAACAUGCUGAUCAGCAGUCAGCUGAGCAGCCCAGAGCUCCUGAAGCUGAGCGGCCUGCCUGCCCGGCUCAUCAUGGCCCUGUACGAACACAGCAGCGUGGAGCAGCGCUACAGAGAGAUGGGAGGUCAAACCUUUCCCGAUAUACAUGCUGCCGUGAGGGAAAUCGCCACAAUCAACAAUGUGGAUCUUGGGAAAAUCUGCAACAUGCUCUUUGAAAAAUGGAUCUGCAAAACAGGCCCAGCUGUUACCAAGGAAAUGGGAAAUCAGGAUUGUGUGACCAACAUUGAGGAGGAUCCAGACUUAUUGAGGGCGGUGCACAUGCUGCAGUCCUACCCCAUGGACGACGCGAUCCGUCUGCUCAGUCCUAUUCUUUUUGCUGAAACCUGGCCUCUCAGCUCUUCUGGGCCUCGUCUGACUUUCUGCCACCGAACUCGAGUUCUGCUCUGCCUCAUCCGCCUCGCUGACGCAGAGACUCUGGAGGCUCAGCUGCAGAUCCCGAGGAGCAAAUUUAAGUGUUAUCUGAAGUCUUACAUCUUCGUGUCUCAGCUGGAGGCAUUAAAUAUCCCCUACACCGUUCAGUCCUUCCUCAGCAGCCCGAAGGACGGCUUAGUUAAAGGCCUGUGGAAGAACCACAGUCAUGAGCCACAGGCUGUACGUCUGGUAGCCGACCUGUGUCUGGAGUACCAGGUGUACGACCCCCAGCUGUGGAACAGUCUGCUUCAGAAGCUGCUGGGCUUCAAUUUGAUCGGUCACCUCCAGACGGUGCUGGAAGCGAUUGUGGCUGUGCCAGCUUUAUGGGAGAUUUCCAGUUUCUCCAGGACUUGGAGGAGUAUGAUCCUGGCACCGUUUGUCUCAGCUUCGGUUCCUUUGAGCCCCGACCAGCAAGUGAUGCUCUACAGGACUUUUGUUCUCCUGCUCAAGUGUCCCUUCCUCUUGAAUCUGGACUUGAUAGGAAUCGCAAACCGGUUUGCCCAGUUCAAUCUUCACGCCUUCGCUCUGGGAACUCUGCUUCUCAUCCCCUGUGCAAAUAAAAAGACACAGCAGAUCCAGGGGUUUCUGUCCAUGUGCAACCCAGUGGCCAUCCUUGAGCAGGUGGAUGAGUUCAUGAACACGGGCGAAUUGGCUGGAAUCCCUUCACAGAUCAGGGAGACCGUCUUACAGUUCAUCAGCCAAAAUGGACAGCACCAGAAAGUGAUGAAAACCAAACACUUCGCCCAGCUGAAGCAGCUCGUUGUGUCCAGUGGCCAACCGAACCAGCUGAAGGAGUUGGUGGAGUGUCUGAUCAGCCAGAACUGUCAGGAUGACGCCGAUUCGCUCACUCGUGAGUAUCUGAAGCACAGAGAGGAGCAGCAGGGGAAAAGGCUGUCCAACGGCUGCCUCAAGGAUUUUCUCAGCACGACCAAUGUAGUGUCUGGAUAAGGCAACGUUGUUUUUACUCUUUAUAUUUAUACAUUYUGUCUCCGUCUUCUUCAGGCUGACUUGCAGCAUUUGCACUCACUUGUCUUUAACUUGUUCAUGUAGCUUUSAAUAAACUUAUCGUUCUUAAA